AUGAGUUUUCUAAGCAUUUUCACUUUCUUUGGUGUCCUUAUUUCCGUUGCAGCAGCCGUUAGGUUUGAUCUGACUAACGUCACUUGUAAUGACCUACAUGGUCCCCACUGUGGCACCUACGUUAUGAAAGUCGUUGGUCAAAACGGAACAUUUUUAGGUCAAUCCACGUUUGUUGGUGCUGACACUUUGACUGACAGUGUUGGUGAUGCUUGGGCAAGAUAUUUGGACCAGGAACCAAGAUUCUUAUCAAAGUUGACUACCAUUGGUACCAACGAGACAAAAAACUUCUCUCCACUUAUCUUCACAACGAACAAAAAGACUUGUAAUCCCCAAUCCAUUGGCGAUGCUAUGGUUCCUUUUGCCAAUACUGUUAACGGUGAAAUUGAGUACAACUCCUGGGCCUAUACAGCUCCGAAUAGUUCUUUCGUAACUGGCUUAGCAAACCAGUUGUUCAAUGCUACCGAUUAUGGCGUUCAAGUUGCAUCAUGCUACCCAAAUUUUGCGUCAGUCAUUUUGAGCACACCAACUGUCAACAUCUUUGGUAAAGAUGAUACUUUGCCAGAUUAUUGUACUGCCAUUCAGCUAAAGGCCGCUUGUCCACCAGAAGCCGGUUUUGUCUAA